GAAAAUAAGGCUCGUAUGUUGUCAUAUCAGCUUAUAGCGAUUGAAGAACACGAUAUGAGCCAAAGUGAAGAAUCUUGGGAAAGUGUUAUUCCAGCACUUAUAGCUAUCGGUGACUCUCCUGUGUCUGAUGUCGAAAUUCAACGCCAUAUUAUACGCGCGCUUGAUAAUCUUUCGACAGAAG